GCGUGUGGAGCGGAAGCAACCGAAAACAGACUACCACUGUCAAAUGGUAUCGAGAGACGUAAGGUGGCUGGCCUCAUAUCAUUAAACUUUUUGAAGAAAAAAAAGGACGUCCUGAUGUUACUGACGCAAUGGCUACUCCAGCUCACCGGAUGUUUCGGAGGUUAGAGGGUCUGUUCUGUGUGUACAAACCGCCUGGAGUCCACUGGAAACUGGUUCGGGAUGGCAUCGAGACAAAUCUUCUUAAAGGUCUAAACGCCGCACCGUCCCGGUCACUUCCCCGGGAGGUGCGCUUCUCGGCGCACCCCGUCAGUGACCCAGACGCACCAAAGGGACUCUCGCUGUCUGCUGGAUCCGUGCCAGUCCUGGCCAAGCAUCCUCUGGUGUCUGGACCUGAAUUCCAGCGAAUGCGAGUUGGAGUAGGACAUCGCCUGGAUUCGUUCUCUUCAGGUGUUCUGGUUCUCGGUGUCGGGAAUGGAAACAAAGCUCUGAAUGAUCUCUACAGAACACGAGUCACAAGGGAUUACACAUUGGAGGGCGAAUUUGGGACCGCGACAGAUGAUUUCUCUCACAAAGGCAGCGUUGUGGAAAGGUCCACUUACGGUCACAUCACACAGGAUAAGCUGGACAAAGUGUUAGCGAUGCUGGAGGGAGCCAAUCAAAAGGCAUUGUUGAUGUAUUCCAAAGUGGACAUGCGCUCACAGGAAGCCUACGAGAUGGCUGUGCACGGUUUACUGGGCCCGGAGGGGAAAUCACAGCCUAUUCUGACCGGCCUGCGUUGCGUUCAGUUCCACCCCCCCAACUUCACUUUAGAGGUGCAGUGCUUGAAUGAAACUCAGAAAUAUUUGUGCAAAGUGGUGCAUGAAAUAGGACUGGAGCUGCGCAGCACGGCAGUGUGUAAAGGAGUUAGACGGACCAGAGACGGACCCUUCACCCUGCGGGACGCUCUGAUCCAUCGCCACUGGACUGCUUCUGAUGUCAUACAGGCCGUGAGACAAUACCACUCAUCCAAAAAAAACACACUGUAUUCUCAAAAACAGAUUCACACGCCAGCGUGUCGGCCCCCAGAAGAGAGUACGACAACAGUCAAUGAAAUGGAACGGGCGACGAAGCGGGAGUAGGUGCAGUAACUUGUUGCUGUGAGGAGCACUUCACACAAGUCCAGGACCUCAGAGCUGUGCUCUUCAGAGCCUGAACGUCAGUCGGAGGAGAGGCAGGAGGAACACCAACCCUGCCUCCUGGAAGAGGAAGUCAUCAAGUUGCACAGAACUCUAAUACGUUUUUUUUGUUUAAUGCGCAAAGACACUUCCUGCAUCUCAUAUGUGACUCUUCCAAAGAUUCAACUGAGUUAUACAAGGACAACGUCACGUUGUGCAUGCAAUAAAAAAACCUGUACCUAAAAUGAUUAUAGAUUGUUUUUGAACUAAAUUUAAAAAAAAAAUUGACAAACAUUUGUGUGUUCUGUUUGUUAGUUUGAGCACCAGUCCGUGUCUAGACUUUACAUUCUCUUUAUAAGGCAAAGUAAAAUCAACAGCUAGCCAGCUUUACCACUGUUAACAUCCAGCAUCCAUUGGGUCUCAACACAGGUUGAGAAAGGUUUUUGGUCACAAUUUGACAGGACUAAUCACUGCAGAACUGUUGGUGGCCUCCUGUGAUACAAAUUAUGGGGAGAAAUAGGACUUUCCUUUUGAAAACAGAUGGACACAAUUUUCUUCACAUGUUCAUGUUGAACAAAGUGAAUAUGUUACAUGUUCCAGUCUAAAACACAAUUGUCUGAAUAACUAAACACACAGUUCUUCCGGUGGGUGGAGCAACAACGAAAGGAUUUGCUUUAAUGAUCCGUGUCUUAAUGAUGCAGCUGAUGGAGUUAUUUUUUCCCACAAAAGCUCCUUAUUGCCGUUUUACCAUUGUCAUGUUCUUCAUACCACUGAAGGACCUGUUACCAUGGAAACACUUUCACGGGACACAAAUAAACUAUUUGAGCAUGCAGUUGACAUUCUGAAGGUUCUGAACAUGAGUCAUGACAUUAGAACAAUUUAAUAGAAGGCAUUAAGUCACACAAUUUAGAGGGAAAUACAAAUAAACAUAAAAAACACGUAGAUUUUAAGGCUGGUAGUUAAUUUAAUAGUUUUGUUUUUCAUUAUAGAUGCAUGAAUAAUAUUUAUGAUUAUCUGGCUGCAAUGCUGCAUUCAUUAAGAACAGAUGGCAAACAUACAAAAUCAAAAGAAACUUGAUGUAAUUAUUGACUCACAUUGCACUAAAGAGCUUUAACGAUGGAAACAUGCUUUUGUUCACAGGA